AUUGAUACAGGAUUUGCUGGUCUAGCAAAAUGAGUCUUCUACGACUAUCCACUCGCAAGGCAUUUGCCUCUUUACCUCGUAAUUGCAAUGCCUCCUCUUUUUCAUUGAGCCUCUUGAACAGAAAUCAUACUUUCGGCAAUAAUCGCAUUACCUCAUGUCUUUCCGCUGCUGCUUUUCAUACCUCUCCUCUGGCUUUAGCAUCUCCAUCCACUAAACCUGCUAGUAAUGCCGAGGCUUUUCUCAAUGGACCUUCCAGCGCGUAUAUCCAGGAAAUGUACGCGGCUUGGCUGCAAGAUCCCAAGUCUGUCCAUCUCUCAUGGCAGAGCUACUUUAAAAAUCUUGCCUCCAAUGGUCAAGCCCCUGCUUUUUCUGCUCCCCCUACGCUGAUCCCAUCCUUUUCAACUCAAGUUAUGGGUGCCGAUGGCGCUCCGUCUUUGCACGAGUCUGGCUCCGACAAUGGAGCUAUUCCUGCAGACUCGAUUCUUGACCACAUGAAGGUGCAACUUCUUGUUCGUGCCUUUCAAGUUCGUGGCCAUCAGCUGGCCAACAUCGAUCCUCUUGAAAUCAAUUCUUUCCGCGAUCGCGUCCAGGCACCCGAGUUAGACUACACGUACUAUGGGUUUACUGAGAAGGAUCUGGACGAAAGCUUCUACCUUGGCUCUGGCAUCCUUCCUGGGUUUCUUGCUACAGAAGGCCAGACCAACCUCACUCUUCGUGAAAUUGUUGAUCGUUUGAAACAAACAUACUGCUCCACUGUUGGUAUUGAGUACGGACACAUUCCUGAUCGUAUUGCAUGCGAUUGGCUUAGAAAAAAAUUUGAAGUCCCCUCAAAAUUCAAUUAUACCAAAGAGGAGAAGCUCACUAUUCUUGAUCGUUUGAUGUGGUCUGACUCAUUUGAGCGAUUUGUUUCUACAAAGUAUCCCAGCGAGAAGCGUUUUGGUCUGGAAGGCUGUGAGAGUUUGAUUCCUGGCAUGAAAGCCAUGAUUGAUACUUCAGUAGAGCUCGGAAUCAACUCGGUGGUUAUGGGCAUGCCUCAUCGUGGUCGUCUUAACGUGCUUUCCAAUGUUGUUCGUAAACCAAACGAGUCUAUUUUUUCUGAAUUUGCAGGAUCACAGGCAAAUAGUGUCGAGGGCUCUGGUGAUGUCAAAUAUCACUUGGGAAUGAACUAUGUUCGACCCACUCCCUCUGGCAAAAUUGUUCAUCUUUCACUUGCUGCCAAUCCUUCUCAUUUGGAAGCAGUCAACCCUGUCGUUGAGGGUAAAGUUCGUGGCAUCCAAUUUUAUCAGAACGACGAAGUAGAACGUAGCAAGGCCAUGGCUGUCCUUUUACACGGCGACGCCGCUUUUGCUGCUCAGGGUGUUGUUUAUGAAACACUUGGUAUGGUCGAUCUGCCUGCUUAUACCACUGGUGGUACUAUUCACAUUGUUGUCAACAACCAGGUUGGUUUCACUACAGAUCCCCGAUUUGCUCGCUCCACUCCAUACUGCUCGGAUGUUGCUAAAACAGUCAAUGCUCCUAUUAUACAUGUCAAUGGUGAUGAUGUCGAAGCUGUUGUAUUUGCCUGUCAACUUGCAUCUGAAUGGCGUGCUGAGUUCAAAAAAGAUGUAGUGCUUGAUAUUGUGUGCUAUCGUCGCUAUGGCCACAACGAGAUUGAUCAGCCUGGUUUCACUCAGCCGCUGAUGUACCAAAAAAUUAACCAAAUGACUCCUGUCUUGGAAAAGUAUAUUCAACAGCUUCUUGGCGAAGGUUCUGUUACUCAAGAAGAGGUAGAUGCCAUGAAGAAGCGUGUUUGGGGUAUUUUGGAAGAGCAUUAUAUUCUCAGUAAAGAUUACAAAGCAUCAUCCAAAGAGUGGGUUUCGAGUACAUGGAGCGGCUUCAGGUCCCCAUCUGUUCUUGCCAAAGAGGCAGUUUCUCCUCGUCCUACUGGUGUUUCACUUGAUCUUCUCAAACAUAUUGGUACUGCCGGUGCAACGUAUCCUGCCGAUUUCAAGGUUCAUCCUAAUCUGGCUCGUAUUCUCAAGACUCGUAUCAAGAGUGUUACUGAAGGCCAAGAUAUUGACUGGGCUACUGCCGAAUCCAUGGCUUUUGGUACUCUUCUUUGUGAAGGAAAUCAUGUUCGUCUUUCUGGCCAAGAUGUUGAGCGUGGAACCUUUUCGCAUAGACACGCUCUUUUGCAUGACCAGAAAAGUGAGAAGCAGUUUGUACCCCUCAACAAUCUCGUCAGUGAAGGCAUUGUUUCCAGUCAAAGCCCUUUUACUGUCUGUAAUUCGUCGCUUUCCGAGUUUGGUACUCUUGGGUUUGAACUUGGGUUUUCUCUUGUUAACCCCGAUCAGCUUGUAAUGUGGGAAGCGCAGUUUGGUGAUUUUGCCAACAAUGCACAGUGCAUUAUUGAUCAAUUUAUUGCAUCUGGAGAGCAGAAAUGGUUGCAACGUACGGGCUUGACUAUGCUGCUCCCACACGGCUAUGACGGUCAAGGUCCAGAGCACUCUUCCGCUCGACUAGAACGUUUCCUUAUGCUCUGUGAUGAAGAUCCCUAUUGUAUGCCUGAAUUAAAUGGUACCGAAAAAGGAAGCCGAUCACGCCAACACCAGGACUGCAACAUGCAGGUUGUUUACACCACCGUUCCUAGUAACUACUAUCACGCACUUCGUCGACAGGUUCAUCGUGAAUUCCGCAAGCCUCUAAUUGUCUUUACAUCCAAGGCUGUUCUUCGCCAUCCUCUUGCCAAGUCGUGCAUUGAGGAAAUGGUUGGAAACACUCGUUUCCAGCGUUUAAUUCCCGAAGUUCUGCAUCCCAACCCUCUUACUAUUCUAUCACCCAACGGCGCAUCUGAACCCAACGCUGACGGUUCCCUCAGUUCUGGCAACUCGUUUGACCCUCGUAUUCCUUAUGCUCUUGUCACGGAUCCAGCCUAUCCUCCAGCUCUUCAAGACGGCACCACAAAGGCAGUGACUCCAUCUGGAUUCACUCUUCUUCCUCCAAACGAAAUCAAAACGCUUAUUUUCUGUUCUGGCCAAGUCUACUACAGUCUUUACCGAACGCGUGCGCUCAACAACUUGCGUCAUGUUGCUAUUGUUCGCAUUGAGCAAUUGAAUCCAUUCCCCUUCUGGGAGGUCAAAACUAUUGUUGACUUUUACAAAGAAGGACUGGAGGAAAUUGUGUAUUGUCAAGAGGAAAGUUUCAAUUCCGGCGCGUGGUUGUUUGUUGAUCCCAGACUGGAAACUGCAGUGAAAAACUCGGAUUGGUUCAAAGGUCCCAAGGAUGAUACUUUACCGGUAUCUUCUGUCUCUACACCAUUAUCCACUUCCACUAUUGAACCACCUGAAUGUGCACCUCAAUCCACCUCCUUGUUUGGACGCUUCUUUGGCUCAUCAUCUGCAUCUAAACCCACAUCUACACGUGUGUCUCCAUCACCUACUUAUUCGACCAAAUCUAUUAAUACAAAAACAAAGGGACAACAAUGGCAAGAAACCUUUGACUCCAAGCGCGUUCCUGGCGGACUAGAAAACGCACAUACUACUCCAGAAGGCCAGAAAGCCUACUCUGUUCGUGGCAGUCGCCUGAUUCGAUACGCAGGAAGAGAUAUUUCUGCUGCACCUGCAACGGGUAUCAAAAAGCAACACAAGUUUGAAGAAAAGGCAUUUUUAAGUGAAGCCUUUUUGGGUGGUGAACUGGUGUACCCACCAAAGAGUAUUGAGCAGGACUUGCCAGUGUUCUUUUAGACAUGGUAUUGACUGGCUUGUGCGGUAUUUCGUGAAUAAAUACCAUUGUGGUUAUUUCG